CAAUGAAAAACACAUUUACAAAACGACUGUAUUCUACUGUAGCGGCCUACGCUCAACCACAACAUCAUCAACACUUCUAUCUGAACAAGACACUCGACCAUUACUACUCACAAAACCCAACGCCACUUACUUUACGACAACUCAUAUUUUAUGAACGUCAUUGUAAUACCGAAAGGUUACUGAAAUCAGCUAAUUAUGUUCGUACUGAACUGCCUAUCCGUAUUGCCCAUCGUAUCCGUGAAUUUCAAAAACUACCUUAUAUCCUAGGCACCAAUCCUCAUAUUGAAGCUGUGUAUGAUCUCUAUUGGCAAGCAUUUGAGCGUAUUCGCCAAGUACCUGUGAUUCAGACACGAGAAGAAAACGAAGCCUUUUGUGAUCUCCUUCAGCAAUCUUUGGAUGCCCAUCUUGUGGUGAUACCUCAGCUAGCAAAAGGGAUUCAUGAAUGCGAGCAACAAUAUGAGGGUAUCAUGUCCAUGGACCGACUGGAUCGAUUUAUGAAUUCAACACUCAGAUCACGUAUCUCAAGACGAGUGAUUACAGAACACCAUCUAGUGCUAUCCAAAAGAAAGAAAUCGAUAUUCAACCUGUGUUCCUCACACAAUGUCUUGACCAAAUGUAUUCACCUUGCUCAAGCGCAUGCACUGUACCUGCAGAAACAAGAAGGGGGCCAUACAGUCCUACCUAAAAUACAACUGAAUGGAUCUGAUACAGAAUUUAUGUAUGUCUCUGACCAUAUUGAGUACAUUUUAUUCCAAUUAUUGUCGAAUGCAUUUCGACACUCGAUGGCUCAUCAACCCAAGGAAAUCAAAGUCACACUCUGCUCAAAUCCAACUGAUGUCUUGUUUCGUAUCUCUGAUCAAGGAGGAGGUAUGUCCAAACAAAUGUUUCGUCAUCUGUGGUCGUAUGGACAUGGUCGACGCUUUGGUAAUAUGGACAAGGUUCAAGAAUUAGAAGCAAAACUGAAUGAACAUGAAAAAAUGAUUAUGCGAUUGGGUAUUGGACUACCUAUGAGUCGUGUCUAUGCAGAAUAUUGGGGAGGUGAUAUCAAUCUUGUUACGAUGGAAGGAUAUGGUACAGAUGCCUAUGUUCGUAUACCAAGACUAGGUACGACAAGUGAGAACUUGGGCGAUCCUUUAGAUGAAGUCAUUAUGUAACAUUUGAUUGGCUCAAUAAAAAGGACACUAGUUUUUUUUUUU